AUUCCGUCUCCUCCAGAGGCGCAGAGCGUGGAGGUGCUUCCCCAAAUACGUAUCUCCUGCCUCGAAUCCAUCCUUCCUCUUCUCCAAAUUGAGGGAACCAUGUCACUGGAGUUGGCGAUUUCUUCAUAUGAUAGGAGUUUUGCUUGCUUUCGUCGUCGGAAUGCUGCGAUUAAUCGAUUUUGAGCUGUGGGUUCGCAUUAGGGUUGGUCGGAGCUUCGGAUACGGGGAGAUAUGUAUAGGUCCGGGAUCGUGUCGAAGGUGGAGAGCGGAUCCUUAGAUCGUAAGCGGAUCAACGAUGUGCUCGACAAGCACCUGGAGAAGUCCUCACCGUCGACCUCAAGGGGCUUGAUUGGAAAGGACAAGGAUAGGCUCCCGGUGCCCCCUUCCGCCCCUGGAAAGCAGCUGGAGCAUCGUCCCUUGUCCAAGAAUAAGGCUUCUGACGAUGAAUCAGAAACAGACAAUGAAGAAUCUGAUGUCAGUGGAUCUGAUGGGGAAGACACAUCUUGGAUUUCAUGGUUCUGUAAUCUAAGAGGCAAUGAGUUUUUUUGUGAAGUUGAUGAUGAGUACAUUCAAGAUGAUUUCAACCUAUGUGGACUAAGCAGUCAAGUUCCUUAUUAUGAUUAUGCUCUUGAUCUGAUACUGGAUGUUGAAUCUUCCCACGGGGACAUGUUCACUGAAGAACAGAAUGAGUUAGUUGAAUCAGCAGCAGAGAUGCUUUAUGGCUUGAUUCAUGUUCGAUACAUAUUAACUAGUAAAGGGAUGGCUGCUAUGCUAGAGAAAUACAAGAACUACGAUUUUGGAAGAUGCCCUCGAGUUUACUGUUGCGGCCAACCUUGUCUUCCGGUUGGGCAAUCAGAUAUUCCUCGAUCAAGCACUGUGAAGAGUUAUUGCCCCAAAUGUGAAGAUAUAUACUAUCCAAGAUCAAAGUACCAAGGCAAUAUUGAUGGAGCUUACUUUGGGACAACUUUCCCCCACCUGUUUUUGAUGACAUAUGGGCACCUCAAACCGCAGAAGCCAUCGCAGCGGUACAUUCCGAGAGUUUUCGGCUUUAAACUCCACAAACCAUGACAGACGACGACAUGUCAGUUAAGCUAUGACAUGGGCCAUAUGCGGGUGGUUUGCUCAGGCAGGGAUUUCAGAUUGCAGCAAGCACCGACCAUUCUUAAUGAUUGAGAAAUGUUAUCUAUAUGUUGCGUUGUCUUGUGUAGGAAUCGUGUGGCUUAUCUUAGAUCUCAACAAAACUACUAAACAACUGUAUUAUCUCAUAGUUGGUUUAAUUCUCAAGUCAGCCAUUUUGUUAUAAAGCAGUAUCUUGGCUCUAUGACACUCAGCAUCCAUUAGUGUAAUUUUGGGGAUUUAUGUUAAAAAUGUAGAUGGUGUGUUUUACUGGAA